ACAAAGGGCAAGAAGGUUAGAGAUAUUAGAGAUGUAUAUAUCACUACUACAGAAUGAUUUGUAAUGUUUUGACGAAGGGUUAGCUUAUCUAACGUUACUGUGACUAGAUGCAGCACAUCCCUGAUCAAUACAAACCCUAACAGCUAAUGCUAUCUUCUGUACUCAACCAACCAGGAAGUUCAUGACCAUGACUGAAUGUGGGGAGCCAAUUAGCUCUAGUUUAGGCCCCUGUAAUAUGGAUGGAGUUGAGUUUAUUUAACAUUUAUUUAACUAGGCAAGUCAGUUAACACAUUCUUAUUUACAAUGAGGGCCUUCCCCCUGGGCCUGGACAACGCUGGGCCAAUUGUGCGCCGCCCUAUGGGACUCCCAGUCACGGCCGGUUGUGAUACAGCCUGGAAUCAAACCAGGGUCUGUAGUGACACCUCUAGCACUGAGAUGCAGUGCCUUAGACCGCUGCGCCACUCGGGAGCCCUAUUAUAUAUUUAGGAAUGGUCUAACCACCAGACACCAUGUUGAGUCGUCUACAGGAGCUGAAGAAGGAGGAGGAGACCCUCCUGAAGAUUAAAGUUAUGCUGCAGGACCAGCUCAACAGACUCAAGUUUGAAGAAGGGGCCCUAAAGUCCAUCAUCAACGCUCAGACAGACGAAGGUCCUUCACAACCUGCCAGUCCUCCUGAGGUUCCUCUGAACCUGGAUGACGAAGCAGUGAUCAACCAGACCAAACUGCUGCUGAGUGGUCCUGUAGACUACCACAUAGAGGAGGAAGAGGAGGAGGAGGAAGAUGAGGAGGAGGAGGACGAAGACGACGACAACAAUGAGCUUGAAGCAGUGCCUGAGGAAGACGAAGAGGACGACGAUUAUUACUGAGUGGACCUGUCCCAAAAUGGCCCCCUGUUCCCAAUGUAGUGCACUGGGCUUGAGCAGGGACCUGGACAAAUGUAGUGCACUGCAUAGGUAAUAGGAUGUGAUUUGGGACGUUGCCAGUGUAUUGACCUCCUAUAGAGGAGAUGUGUGUGUAUAUAAUAUUACAGACUGUGUUUUUGUUUUGCAUCCUGUACUUCUGAAGUUAUUUAUGAUCUAUUAUUAUUAUUAUUAGUUAAACUACUAACUUACAGUGAGUAAAUAAAAUGUAGCCUGGGUGCAGGUCUGAGA